CCGAGCCGGCUCAUCUUCCCCAGCAGAAUCUUUUACUGAGGGGUUUUUUGGUGGGGGGAAGGGUUGCGGGCUGGUGUUCUUCUCCUGGGUGUCACUGUCACUCUAUGGCAGCCCCAGGGCUGGCCCUAGGCCGCGCUGUCAACUUCCCUCGCCCCCGCCCCCGGCUCGGGUAACGUUCCUCUCCAAGCCUGAGGCACAAGAGCUGGCUGCACCUGUGUUCCAGAAGCAGGGAGAACAGACAGGGACCCUCGCUUUACAACCUGGGGAAGCGGCGCCGACACUCUCCUGGUGCUAGAAUGCCAGUAGUAUUCUCAGAUAUCAAAACAAAAACGGCUGCGGUUUAACCCUUACCGUGAAGAAUAGUGUACUGGUGAACCGGGGCUCCCCAGGGUAAGAUCCUGGGAUACUGGACCAGAUGUACCCUUUGGCAAUUGGCUGCGACCUGUGCUGGAGAGACAUAUAGGAAUGAUAUAUUCCUGGGCUGUAUUUCUCCUUCUUGGGAUUCAUUCAGUUCAUUCUAGAAACGCUGAUCCUCGGCUUACUGUGAAAUACCCUCAGUGAAGGUCUAAUGGACAAUGACCUUCUGGUGAUUUUGUAACUUUUUUCCUUCAUGUGAAAAGUUGGAAGACAAAAGGAGGAAGCCAAAAAUUACCUGCUCUGGUCAGUAGAGUGCUGUGCUUGGUUCUCGGAACAUGGGCCCUCGGUUAAAGCUACAGCUGUGAUCCUCGGCUCUCUGUGGCAUUGAAGGGACCUGAUGUUUUACGUUAUUGGUGGCAUCACAGUGUCUGUCGUUGCAUUCUUCUUCACAAUUAAGUUCCUCUUUGAACUUGCCGCACGUGUAGUCAGCUUCCUCCAGAAUGAGGACCGUGAGCGCCGAGGGGACCGGACCAUUUAUGACUACGUGCGGGGAAAUUACUUGGAUCCCCGGUCUUGCAAAGUCUCUUGGGAUUGGAAGGAUCCCUAUGAGGUGGGCCACAGCAUGGCCUUCCGAGUGCAUCUGUUCUAUAAGAACGGGCAGCCUUUCCCUGCACAUCGGCCUGUGGGUCUGAGAGUUCACAUCUCUCAUGUGGAGCUAGCAGUGGAAAUUCCAGUCACCCAGGAAGUCCUUCAGGAGCCCAACUCCAAUGUGGUCAAGGUGGCCUUCACCGUGCGCAGGGCAGGGCGCUAUGAGAUCACCGUGAAGCUGGGUGGAUUAAAUGUAGCCUACAGUCCCUACUACAAAAUUUUUCAACCUGGAAUGGUGGUUCCUUCCAAGACCAAAAUUGUGUGCCAUUUUUCUACUCUUGUAUUGACCUGUGGGGAGCCACACACCCUUCAGAUAGUGCCCCGAGAUGAGUAUGAUAACCCGACCAACAAUUCCACAUGCUUGAGAGAUGAGCACAAUUACAGUCUGUCCAUUCAUGAGCUUGGCCCUCAAGAAGAAGAGAGUACUGAUGUCUUGUUUGAGAAGUCAGUGACAUCCAACAGACAGACUUGCCAGGUGUUCUUGCGACUCACCCUACAUUCUCGUGGCUGCUUCCAUGCCUGUAUUUCAUACCAAAAUCAACCAAUCAAUAAUGGCGAAUUUGACAUUAUCGUCCUAAGUGAGAAUGAGAAGAACAUUGUUGAACGCAACGUGUCCACUUCAGGCGUGAGCAUCUACUUUGAAGCAUAUCUGUACAAUGCAGCCAACUGCACCAGCGCACCAUGGCACCUACCACCCAUGCACAUGAGCUCUUCCCAGCGCCGGCCUUCCACCGCCAUUGAGGAGGAAGAUGAAGACUCACCCUCUGAGUGCCACACCCCUGAGAAGGUGAAGAAACCGAAGAAGGUGUACUGCUAUGUGUCACCAAAGCAAUUCUCAGUAAAGGAGUUCUACCUGAAAAUCAUUCCCUGGCGCCUCUACACCUUCCGAGUGUGCCCAGGAACAAAGUUUUCAUACCUUGGCCCUGACCCUGUUCAUAAGCUCCUCACACUGGUGGUAGAUGAUGGCAUCCAGCCCCCUGUGGAGCUCAGCUGUAAGGAGAGAAACAUCCUGGCAGCCACUUUCAUCCGCUCCCUCCACAAAAACAUAGGAGGCUCUGAGACGUUUCAGGACAAGGUGAACUUCUUCCAGCGAGAGCUUCGACAAGUCCACCUGAAAAGGCCACAUUCCAGAGUCACCCUGAAGGUCAGCAGACAUGCCUUGUUGGAGUCGUCUCUGAAAGCCACUAGAAACUUCUCCAUCUCAGACUGGAGCAAGAACUUUGAAGUGGUUUUCCAGGAUGAAGAAGCUCUGGACUGGGGCGGACCUCGCCGGGAAUGGUUUGAACUGAUCUGCAAAGCCUUGUUUGAUACCACCAGUCAGCUCUUCACCCGAUUCAGUGACAACAACCAAGCAUUAGUGCAUCCCAACCCUAACCGCCCUGCUCAUCUGCGCCUAAAGAUGUAUGAGUUUGCAGGGCGACUGGUUGGCAAGUGUCUCUAUGAGUCCUCUCUCGGAGGAGCCUACAAGCAGUUGGUCCGAGCCCGCUUCACUAGAUCCUUCCUGGCCCAAAUCAUAGGACUGCGUAUGCAUUACAAGUACUUUGAAACAGAUGACCCAGAAUUCUACAAAUCCAAAGUCUGUUUUAUCCUCAACAAUGAUAUGAGUGAGAUGGAGCUGGUCUUCGCGGAAGAGAAGUAUAACAAGUCAGGCCAGUUGGAAAAGGUGGUAGAACUCAUGGCAGGUGGAGCUCAAACACCAGUCACUAAUGCAAAUAAAAUCUUCUAUUUAAAUUUGCUGGCCCAGUAUAGGCUGGCCAGUCAAGUGAAAGAGGAAGUGGAGCAUUUCCUAAAAGGCCUGAAUGAGUUGGUCCCUGAAAACCUGUUGGCUAUUUUUGAUGAGAAUGAGCUGGAGCUACUGAUGUGUGGGACCGGAGACAUCAGCGUGUCUGACUUCAAAGCCCAUGCCGUGGUUGUUGGUGGCUCAUGGCAUUUCAGAGAAAAGGUCAUGAGGUGGUUUUGGACUGUGGUGUCCAGUCUGACCCAGGAGGAGUUGGCCCGGCUACUUCAAUUCACAACAGGCUCCUCUCAGCUGCCACCUGGAGGCUUUGCCGCCCUCUGUCCUUCAUUUCAGAUCAUUGCUGCUCCAACCCACAGCACACUCCCCACUGCACACACGUGUUUUAACCAGCUGUGCCUCCCAACAUAUGACUCGUAUGAAGAGGUACACAGGAUGCUGCAGCUCGCCAUCAGCGAGGGCUGCGAAGGCUUCGGCAUGCUCUGAGCACUCUGCUGCCUCCCACUCAGCUCCCAUGCUCCCACUGGUGCAUGCUAAGAGACUUCAUGACUGUAGACCCUAACACAACUCUAGGCGAGGAGAUGCCACCUGUUCCCCUGUGUCUGCAGGAGUGUGUCAUUCACAAGCCUCCUUCUGACCUCACCCCUCCCUGCCCAAACUCACCCCAGGCCACUGUGGCCCGGUACGGAAUCUGAGCUCCUGUGAGUCAUGAAAAGAGGAUCGUGCUGCUCUUGUUUCAUUUGGUCCUUUGAAGAUCUCAGUAGCUGGAGCUGCCUCAGUAGCUGUGAGAUGUGGCACACAGGACUCAGCUAUAUGGGGAAGCUGGUGUGCAGAGAGCCUGAAGUCUCCGUCUCACUCCAGCUCCCUUGUGACUUGACCAGACUGAACACGAGACCUUCUCAGGGAUAGUGUUGCCCCUUCUUGACAGGAUCCAGGAGAAGCCCAGGAUGGAAAGUGGUCCACAUGAGCAGUCUGUGGGUUAGACCCCCUGCACAAUGGCAGGCGUAGCUAUGGCACCAGACCAGUUCUAAUGAGGACAGAUGGCACAGACUGAUCUGUUUUUGUAGUGUAAGAACUGGAAAAGGCACUUUCCCUGCAGGCAUUUCUGGAAAUGAUCAUUAAUCCAUAAAGAAGAAGAACUCUAAGCUUUUUCUUGAGUUGGAGCCAGUGAGAAAAGCAACCGGAGAGAAGCACGUGAGGGACAGCUGGACUGCAGCAGUGCCGAGUGCGGUUCUUGCUUUGAGGGAGAGGGCUUGGGGAGGAGACUGCUGGCUGGAGGGCCACUCUUUCCUGAAUGUGUUCUUUGCACAGAGGUGUGGCUGGGCCUGGCUGCUGACUUUGAGCCUGCUGGGAGCUGGGGUGUCUUUAGGGUUCUCCUGAAGGAGAUCUUACUGCACAGGAUUGACAAAGUAAGAAUAACAUGCCAGCAGUUCUGGGUUCUCUGCCUGGAACACUGAGGCAAGGAACAACACCCACGUGUUGGAACACUGGGGAUUAGAUAGUGAAAAGCUCACCCCUUCCAUAUGUCUGCUGGGCUCCAUCCCUUACCAACGAGGGAGAGGAUUGUUAGGUUCGCUGUUGUGUGAUGAUUGGAGAGAACCUGCUGCUGUCUCUUUGAAGGUGACAACAUCCUUACUCAUUACUAUUUGAAUAAGAACAGUGUCAGUACUCAAAACUCAUCAACUUUCCCUAAUUUCUGUCAAGAAGGUUUUGCUGCAAGCUACUAUUCCCAGUGGGAUGUCAACUUUGAGAAUAUUCCAAGCCAUUCCUACUGCCAAAACCAGCAAACACAGAGUUCUGAGACAGGGCAGGACUGUGGCAAUGCCUCGGCCUCCUGGAAGCGUGUCUGAGCCCCCUUCUUCCUGGCAAGUGUGAGCAAGAAGCCCUUCAGAGCACUAUGGUUCCUGUCAGACCUCACUCCUGCGCAGUUCUCAUUCGUCCUCUCCCAGCGUGGGUGCUGGCCUUACUCGUUGUCCUUGGGGUCCAGGAUCUAGCAUCAGGGCUCUACACCCCAGGAUCCUCCAUGCCACACAGUCACUGCUUUCCUCAGGGACCCGGACAAGGUGCUGCUGCUUGCCCAAAUCUUUCCCAUGGAGAUCUGUACAAAGAAGUUUAACCCUCACCGUGGGAAACAUGCCACCGCCCUUCUGGCACAGACGGGAUGGUCCUGAGCAGGGGGCACGUAUGGGCUGGCUCUGCUGGUUUUGGCCAUCAUUUCUCUCUUGCAGUCUGUGUUUUCCCUCCCAGCAGCUCUCCAGAAAUUGUUUCUGGAGAUGGAGUUGAUUUUCUUGGCUGGGCCUGUCACCUGCAGAUCUAGUCAUAGCACUGCUUUGCAGCGUCGUCAGCACCCCUGCAGCCCCUCUGGGGCAGCUCCAUCCCGUGAACCCAGCAUCUUUGUUUCACAAGGCCCUUUGGCACUGGUAUGGCUUUCUGUUCUUCAAAUGCUGUUCUUCUCCACCCUCAAACUCUGUUCGAACUGUCUUUGUUCUUUUCAGCCUUUCCUUUGACUUUUUUUCCCCCCAAUUCUGCUUUGGUUCUAGCCAGUGUGAACAAAAGGUACACUAUGUCAGAAGGGAAGUUGUGUUAUUUCUUGGGCAAUGUUCUAUUCGUGUUUCAUGUUUCUAAUUUUGGCCAGUUCUGUAAAUUAUGCCCUUGUGGCCCAGGUACUUGGUGGGGGCCGGGAGAGUAGAGACGGGAGCAGCUGUCUCCCAGCCUUUUAGUGUCUUUGAAGGAGACCAAGCGUCAGGUGAACACCAAGGGGAGUGUUUGGCAUGUUUCCAGGAAAACAGCAGAGACCAAGCCAGGCUGCAAUUCAUCAGGCCAGGUGAAAGGACCAGAUGAUUGCAAUAGAUGAUGUAAAUAUUUUGUUAAGUAAAUAAAUAAAUGGUUUAAGAGAGCUUUGGAGCAAGUGUCUGCUGUAAGUAGAUUCAGGACUUAAAUUGAAGAUGGACAGGGAAAAUAUUCAGCAUUUACCACUUCUGCAGGAACAUCUCUGAAUUGAGGGGUUGUUGGCUCCAGCUGAUGGAACCCCUGGCCUGUCUGUAGGGCGUACUCUUUCCGCUUUCACUGUGAGCUCUCCGGCCAGGCAGGCCCAGCACCCUCACUCUCCCUGGUGGCCCUGCAGGGGGACAGACACAAACUUGUGUUCAGCUGCUGAAGAAGAAACCAGCAGGGCAGAAAAGAGACUGACUGUCCUCAUAGGUCCUCUGACCACACAAGAUCAGUGUAAAAAUUGGAAGAGGAGAAACUAGACAAGGGAAGUAAGCCACCUACCUUGCAGAAGGAACCGCAGUUAUCAGCUUGCUCUUGUAGACACACAUGGGUUUCCCGACACAAACCCCUGCUCUCCUGGAAGGGCUUCAGGGAUGGCAAACAGAAAUGCUGCUCAAGAGUCUGGUGGCAGAAGUGCCAGUGCAGCCAGUGGUGAGCUUGUCAGAGAUACCAGGCUUCUGAUGUGACCCUACAAGGAGAAGUCCAGGGACCCUGAUUUCCUCCCACAGGUGGUCAUGGUGCUGGGCUUUUGGUUCCUGGUCUGGAAAAAUCAAAUCCAAGUCUCCUUUCAAUUUUUUUUUUUUUAAAUACAGAUUGUUACUCCUUGCAUCCUAAUCUAGUGAACUGAAAUUUUAGGUUAAAAACAUUGUUUUGAGAGUACAUCAUUCUCUCAGCUCAUUAUGAACCUUAGCUUUUCUUGCCUCUCCUUUUGGCUUCCCCUGAGUCCUCAGGUACAACAGACUGUGCUAGAUACCCUGUCUUAGGAACAGAAAAGAUGAAUG